AUGAAGUUCCUUGCUGCUCUCGUCCUCGCCACCGCCACCUCCGUCGUGGCCAAUGUGGUGUUGAACAACCCCGCGCCCGUCCUCGAGGGCGUCUCCAUCUACUCAAACGAAAAAUGGGCGGUUGGAUUCCGCACCCCGGCGUUAGGAACUGAUGAGGUCGUUCUCCGUACUACACGCACGCGAAGACCGCCCCGAAUUACACGCAAGCGCAGUCCGUCCCUUGGUUAUUUCAAGUUUGCCGUCAGUACGUAUGAAAACAUUGCUGCCAACGCGUCGAUGUUCUUGCAACUAGAGUUGUGCCCUUCCGUCAACGAUUUGCCCGAUUGCACCGAGCCCACCGCCUCUUCGCGCAUCCACAUCGAUAACAACGGCGGUGGAGUCGAUUUCCGUUGGUUCCCCGACCCCUAUAUUGUUGUUGCGCCCAACACCAGGUACUGGUUCGCGCUGGGCUCCACCAGCGAAACCUCACACAAGUUGCCCACCUGGUUGUACGGCACAAAGGACUUCUCAACCGCGAACAACUCAACGGGGGACGUGAGGGUCGCGCACCUCAAGGGCGACGGUGACUCAUGGACCUUGCUUCCCCUGUACGAAAACCGCGUCCCGUCCCUCCUAGUGGUUUCUACGUAUACUAAUUAG